AACAAACAACUUAACAAGCAUUGAAAUGAUUAAAAGCAAAGGUAUAAAUAAGAAGGUUUUGCGGGUUUUCGAGUAGUCGUGGGAGUGAAGUGAAAAUGAAGUUGUUUUUGUGCCUCGUCUUCACUUUGGUCUCCACCAUUUCCUGCGAUACGGACCCCGAUGGUCCGAUUGUUAAAACUGACGCAGGAGUUUUGAGGGGCCUAAAACGAAUCAGUAGUGUUACAAAUCAAACUAUCUACUCCUUUCAAGGCAUUAGAUAUGCUGCGCCACCAGUCGGAAAACUCAGAUUCGAACCUCCACAAUCUUAUAAGUGGGAUGGUGUAUACCCCGCUACGCAAGAAGGUAGUCCGUGCAUUCAAUCCGACAAUAACGGCCAGACGAUUGACUCCGAGGAUUGUUUAUUCAUGAACAUUUACUCUCCAGACAUAAAGCGAAUAGAUCUACCGGUAAUUGUUUACAUUUACGGUGGCGGUUACACGGUAGGAUCGGCCAGCUCCUCAGCUUUCCUCAGUCCGGAUUUACUUGUAGGCGAAGACGUUAUUUUUGUUAAUUUCGGCUACCGUUUGGGUAUAUUCGGAUUCAUAACAACUGGCGACAGAAAAGCACCUGGAAAUGGAGGGCUUAAGGACCAAAUUUUCGCCUUGAAAUGGGUGAGGAAAAAUAUAAGAAAAUUCGGCGGCGACCCAUUCAAAGUUACCAUUAUGGGCGAAAGUGCCGGUGCCAUGUCAGUUUCAUGGUUGAUGCAAAGUCUAUUAACUGCAGGACUGUUCAGAGCGGCGAUAAUGCAGAGCGGUUCGAGUUUGAGUCCUUGGGCGCAUUCGAAGAGAACCAAGGAGUUGACUUACGACAUCGCCCGUACUCUAAACAUUGAUAAUUCAACCAGUGAAAACUUGGUGGAAGGGUUAAAAUCUGUCGAUGCCAAUAAACUGCAAAAUGUUGCCUAUCGAAAAUUCCAAGAGUAUUUCAGAGAAAAUCCUCUUUACGACAGAGUAAUUGCUCCAGUAAUAGAACCGAUACAUCCUGGGGCGGUUAUAACAAGGUCAUCGAUAGAAAACCUCAAAAUUGGGAGAUUCGAAAGAGUACCAUGUCUUAUGGGCUUCAACAGCAACGAAGGAGUUGCACUUUCAUUAACAUUGGAGUACCUACAGUCACUGAAAGCUUACGCAUCCAACGAGCAACUCUUUGUUCCAUUAGACAAGGAAAUUAAAUCUGGAUUAGAUAAGACAAUAUUGGGAAAUCAUAUAUCUAAGAAAUAUUUCCAAAAUGGUUCUAUUUUAAACAAUAUUCCAAAAGCUGAAAUGUUAUUUGGUGACGUACAAUUUGCUUAUCCGAUUUGGAAAACAGGAUUUUUGCAAUCUAGAUUCGUACCGGUGUACUUUUAUCAAUUAUCUUUUAAAAGUGCGUGGGGGCAGUUUAUAAGUGGACAAUCUACCAGUUACGAAGGUGUUGGGCAUAUGGAAGACUUGGCUUAUUUGUUUUAUUCGUCAUUGAUAAAAUAUUCUCCGCCGAAUUGUAUAUUGACCAGAAAUAGAAUGGUUAGAUUGUGGACUAAUUUUGUUAAAUAUAGAGAACCGACGAGAAGAAACGAUCUUGUUUUAAAUAAUCUAAUAUGGCCAAGCGUAAAAACGAAUAACUUUAGUUAUUUGGACAUUAACUCUGAGUUAACAAUUCAAACAAAUCCUAAAGCGGAAAUUAUUAACUUCUGGGAUGAUAUAUUCAAAUGAUGGAAAAAAAAUGUUAGUAAAAUCACUAAUUAUGUGUAAAUAAAAAUUAUUUAAAAUAA